CCUCCUCCCUCCCCUGGCUGGGAGCCCAACCUCUCUCCCUCCCUCCUGGUGUCACCCCCGGCGUCUGUUUCGGAACAACCUUCUCUCCGUCCACCACCACUGCCAAACUCUCACCAGAACUCCGUCGUGUCUUUGCCACCUUCUCUGUCACCCGACCAGAGCAGAGAAUACUGGUCGAAGCUUUCCUACUGGCUCACCAGUUCCACAAUCAUCGCCGCCUCACCCACACCCUCGAUACUCUCCUAACGGCAGCCGAAGAACUCUUCAACAAUAAAGCAUUGGUCGACGGAGAGGGAGAGAAUAAAACUGUAAGGAUCGCCAGAGACACUGGGUCUGUUCUGUCUGUGAUUCCUCUGGGGCUGGGUGUACUCGAGGCCGUGGUGUCGAGUGGUCGGCGGUACAUGGCAGAGUUUGAGAGAUUGGGAGUACUGCAGUGGUCAGGGGGAGGAGGAGGAGGAGGAGGGCCACUGGGGGACCGGAGCCUGGUUCUCUCUGAUGUAUCAGAGGGAGCCAGGGCCUCUUUGAAGCUCAGAGCUUCAACAGUAGACCAGACACAGGAGCCAGCUCUGGUCCGGGGAUCACUGGAGGAGCUCUGUCUCCUCCUAUCACUCAAAGACCACCUCCUCCCCCAGUUUCAAGACACCGCCUCUCUCGACACCUUCCUCCUCCUCCUCUCGGACCUCUUCCCCGGCUGCAACGUCCCCGAGCUGCUGGCCCACGAGAGAGGGCAGCGAGAGGAGCUGGCUGGCCGAGCGGACCAGGACAGAGAGGAGGCGGGGAACUCUGCCCGUGAGUCCAGAGCCGCCAGUGCCAUGAUGGUCGUGAGGGAAGACAUGAAGGCACCCAGCGAAGUGAUGACAUCACAGGAGGAACAAAUUGUCCAGGCCUGUCUACUGGACAACCUUGUACCCUCACCUUCACUCCAACUCGCCGUCUCUCAGCUGCUGAGUCUGACACGGAGCCACAUGGUGGUGGCCGUAGUUGGCGGAGUCUGCAGUGGCAAGUCCACGGUCAUAAAGGUCGCAGCCGACACCCUCAGGGGUCAGGGGGCAGGACUAACUCUCUCGUGGAUAUUCCCGGGAGCUCUGGACGAAGGACAGCUCUUUGGACAGGAAUUGGAAGAGAGAUGGCAGGAAGGUUUGCUGCCACAGCUAGUCACCAGGUCCAGGGAGGAGGGGAGAGGUGGGGGAGGGGUGGGAGGGCAAGGGGGAGAGGGAGGUAGUGGAGCAAAGUGGGUGAUACUGGAUGGCCCACUCUCACCACACAAACUGGAGACACUGCUGACACUCAAUGACUCCGAUAGACUCAUCAAACUCAGUAACGGGAGGGGCAUACCCAUUGACUCCAGCUACAGAUUCAUACUAGAGCUGACCUGUCUGGACUCCCUCACUCCACGAGCCUCAGCCAGUCUCCCUCGUCUCUGUCUCUCUCCGUCCACGGUGUCGUGGUGGGACCCAGUGUCCCGCUGGCUCUUGACCCAGCCUCGAGAGAGAGCCUCCGAUCUGGAGCCACAUCUGCAGCGUCUUCUUCCUCCCUGUCUUGAGUUCCUGGCUCCAGUCCUGCUCGGGAGAGAGACCCGGUCCACAGAGGUGUCGACCAGCUCUCUCAGUGGAGGAACACAGUUGAGAAACUGUUUCCACAGGACCUGAGGCUACAUCCUGUGCACCUCGUGACCACCUGCUGUACAAUACUGGAGGUUUCCCUCUCUGGGUGCUCUACUACGCCAGGACCAGAAGAGCUGCUACCUCACCUGGCCUACUCCCUCAUCUGGUCCAUGGGUGGCCACCUCUCACACACCAACAAACUAAUCUUCGACUAUUGGUGGAGACACUCAUUCGCCGACCUGGGCCUCACUCAUCCUGUCCCGGGACUCAUCUGGGACUACUGCCCCGAUCCCGGGACCCCUGGCUUUGUCCCGUGUUUCUCCACGCACCUGGCCUUGUCCUCCUCUCCUUCCCCUGGCUUCAAGGCUGACUCCCCGGCUCCCUUCGUCUCUACCAGUAGAGCCGAUGCUGUAGCGCACGUUGCUCAAAGGCUCGUUAGCCAGGGGAGCCCCGUGUUAUUAGUUGGAGCUCUGGGUAGCGGAAAGACGGUUCUUUUACAGCAGAUCCUCUCCAAGACCACAAGUAAUGAUGUGACUCUUCAGCACUACUAUGCAAGCCAGUUCACAACUGGACAGUCGUUCUGGUCAUGUCUCAAGGAGCAGUUGGAGUGGAAGUGGGGUCGGAACUUUGCCCCUCAGGGCAGUGGGAACAGGAGAUUGGUCUGCUUCCUGGACGACCUCCACAACUCGGCCCCUGCCGGGAGUCUGGGGGAGAUGGUGAGGUGCCACCUGACCACAGGUGGAGUGUGGGAGGGCGGGGCUUGCGAGAGUCAGCGUUGGCACCACGUGGCCAACACCAGCUACGUGUGCACCGCCUCCUCCGUUGUAGGGGAGCGCCGCCUGGACCUCCGAUUGGCCAGACACUUCACCGUGCUCCACUGGGACGGAUAUGACUCUUCAGAACUGGAGACCAUCUUUUCAACGAUCCUCUCCCCCCAUCUCUCUCCAACCUCGGGGGCAGGAGCUGGAGUGGGUGAGGUGGGGGAGAGGCUGGUGCAGCUGGCAGUUCAGGUCCACAGCCGACUCUCUCCCCUCUUCCUCCCCUCCCCCAGACGACAGCACUACCUCUUUAACCUACGACACAUCGCUGGAAUCUUCCGGCAGCUGUGUCGGUGGUGCAUUGAGGAGAAAGAGGUGAGCGCCCGAGGUCUGGUCCAGGCCUGGCAGCGGGAGAGCUGGUGGACCUACAGCGGAGCUCUCUCCAGCAAGGUGGACAGAGAGAGGUACCAGGAGGUCGUCUCCCAUGCUCUCCGCAAACACUUCUGUCAGAGUGACCUGCUUCCCGAACUGCUCCAGCCUGGCUCCCACCAGUUGACCUGCUCCCAGAGGGAGAAUCUGUGCAGACAGUUACAGCAGCAGUUGACCCACCAUCCAGGACUACACAUCAACCUCUAUGAUACUGUACUGGAGGAGAUAAAUCGACUCUGCCAACUGAUAAGAUCGCCGUUUGACCUGAGUCACGUGGUCCUCAUUGGCCACGCCCACCCAGACCCCCUGGUGCAGCUUGCUGCUGCUCACUGUGGCUAUACCGUGGUUCGACCCUCUCUCUACUUCUCUUCCUCCCUCCUCGCCACCUCCUGUUCCCCGUUUGGCAUGUCUCCUGCCAGUUACAAUGAGGAGAGCCUCAGACACAACCUCUGCACUCUGUGCACUGAGGCAGGAGUAAAGAACCAGCAGAUGCUGCUGCUGGUGACGAGUGUCGAAAUGCUCCACGUCUCAUUCCUGGGUCUCCUCCACAAGGCAGUCUGCAAUGGGCACAUCACCCACCUCUUCCCUCGCGAGGAGAGGACCCGCAUCAUCAGUGCAGUCCGCUCCAGUGUCACCAGAGCUGGCAUUGCCUUCUCUCCUACUACUGCCUGGCAGUUCUUCCUCAGUCGAGUGAGGCAGAACCUGAGGAUUGUGCUGGCAACUCCAGACCUGAGACCACAGGGAGACACACCGUUGGACGUCCACUGGAUGGAGUUCUUGAGUCGAGUCAACAUUCACUACCACCAGCCGUGGACACAGAGAGAUUUGGUGGACGUGGCUCUCCACCACCUCAAUGCUAUAUCUGUUCUGCCACCGUCCCUGCGGGAGAGCUGUGCUCACAUGCUGGCAGCCAUCCACCUCCAGCUGAGGGCCAGGCAGGGACUCCUCCCAGCGUACAACUCCACCUUCCAGUACCUUGUGAACUGGUUUGUUGAGAAGCUACAGGAGAGCCACAAUCUCCAGGAGGAGCAGACGGGGCGACUGCGGCAGGCCAUGGAGUGCGUGGAGAAGGCCCGAGAGAAGGGAGGGGAGGUGGAGGAGAAACUGGUGAGGGAGGAGAGGGUCUUGGAGGAGAGGGACGAGGCAUACAGGAAGGUCCUGGUCCAGCUGGGGCAGGACACCGCCAUCUCUGAGGAGCAGAGUCGACUGGUGGCCAGACAGAGACACAGGGUCUCUGACCUCAGAAAGGUGAUCCCGCAGUAUGAACUGGGUCUCCAGAUGGCAGGGGAGGAGAAACUCUCCCUGGUCCUCCACCUCAAGCGACAGGUGGUGAACAUCAACCACUCCUCUCUCACGGAGCUGCGGGCCCAGCAGCGACCCCAGCAGCUCAUCGAGGACCUCAUGUCAGCCGUCAUCUCCAUCGUCAAGUCCCCCAGUGCCGAUCUCUCCUGGACCAAGGGGGCCAAGCGACUCAUGGCCAACAUCGACCGCUUCCAGGAGCUACUCCUUGCGAAGAGCCAGUCGGAGAGCGACUCUGUGACCAUUCUGAAGUCGGUCGAACCGAUUAUCAACCGGGUUGCCCCGUCAGUGGAUGAGCUGGGGAGCUAUCCGGGAGGACUGGCGGCGAUGCAGCUCCUGGAGUGGGCCCAGGGAGUGGUGAAGCUCCACUCACUGCUGGAGACUCGCGUGAGACCACUGGAGGAGAAGAUGGCAGCCAUGAGCUCGUCGCUGGCCGAGUGUGAAGACAAACUGCGACAGCACGAGGACAAGAUGAAUGUGCUGGGGAAGCGUGUGCAAGGAUUGAGUGAGGGACUCGAGAGUGCAGCCGUGCAGUGCAGCCUUGAGAGAGACACUGUGCAACAGAUGAAGAAACAACUCAGAGAGAUUCAGGACUUUGUAGGGAUACUAGCUGGGGACUAUGACAAAUGGAGAGAGCAGCUGAACACGGCUGACAAUGCACUGACUCAGGAGCUUGGCCCUCUGGCAAUAUCAGCCUGUAUUCCAGUCUACCUGGCCUCCCUCCCACCGCACACCCAACUGUACACCCUCCACACUCUCCUCCUACCACUACUGAGGGAGAGAGGGGUGCCCGUUGCAUGUGGUGGCCAGCAACCACCGACAGUCGUGGGCUCCUUCUGUCAACCACAAACCUCUGGCUUCUCCUCCUCGUACCCUGCCCUCUGUCGGGGCGUCCUCUCUCGCGUCUCCUCCCCCUCCUUCAGGACACAGUGGCUGGAGAAGGGCCACAGUUUCCCAGCAGUGCUCUACAUGAGCCUGGCUGCCCUCAGCUGGCGACGCGCCCUGCUCAUACACGACCCAGAGGACUUUUUGAGCUGCUGGCUGAGGAGCUGGAAGGGUGAAGAACUGGUGGUGGUCGACUACAGGGAAAGAGAUUUCAAGUUCUACUUGGCCAUAGAGCAGGCACUGCUGUGUGGAGACCCACUGCUAGUGGAGGGAGUGGCCACACCCAUUGACCCCUCCCUACAACCGCUCCUGGAAAUAAUCCAUUCCUGGAGCAAAUCUGAGCAAAACCCGUUUCAGUUCUGUGGCCGGAAGAUCCUGGCCAACCCAGGGUUCUCGCUCUUCCUCACCACCGCACUCCCCCUCUCCUCCUUCCCGCCAACCCUCACCUGCAUCACCUGCCCCCUGGACUUCUCUCUCGGCCAGCCCUGGGCCAGGGAGCUCCUGUUCAAGACAGCCUGCCAUGUCACCGACUCCUCACCUGACCAGUUUGAUAAGAUGGUGUGUGAGCUGGUGAAGGUGGAGCAGAAGGUAGAAGAGCUAAAGGGAAGGCUCCCCUCUCUGCUGUGUAACUCCUGUCACGACGACUGCUGCAGCCUAACACAGAGAGUUGCCUCCACCAUCGAGAACUGCAAACAGGCUGAAGAGGCGUAUGCAACCCUCAAAGCCAAGCUGGAUGGCUACACAGCUGCCAAGUCUCACCUGACUUCCCUUGCCCACACAUCUUCGCUCGUCCUCGACCUCCUCCGUCAGUGUUCCCCUCACCAGACACCAGUCGUCUCCCUCUCUCUCUUCCGGCACCACCUCUCGACUGCUCUGAGAGGGUCGGAGGAGACAGACGGAGAGACGGAGGUUGUGGGAGGUCUAGCCAGUGCUCUUCAGGCCACGGCCGAGGUACUGGGCACAGCUGCUGCUGUCUCUGAGGCCGAGAGGGAGGAGAGAGAGGAGAGAGAGGAGAGAGAAGGAGAGUGGAGAGCCGAGGCGUUCUCCAGGAACUGAUGUUGGCAGCCGUGAAAGACAUGGCCUGUGUACUGAAACCCUCCCAGUGUCUGGUCCUUUGCUGUGCCCUGUCCAUCCUUGCCACCAUCCCUCCCACACCCCUCCCUCCCUCUUCCUCGAGCAGCUCUCCUUCUUGGUGGAGGGGAGGGAGGGCUACCUUGCAGAGGACGAAGUCUCCUCUCUCCCAUCCUCCCCGGCCUCCAUCCCCCGCGACCUCUGGAUCUCUUCUCCACGUGGCUCCGUUCUCCCCGUCGUACUUCAGCCGCCACGUCGCACCCAGCGCACACACAGCGGCUCCGACAGGGAAUUCUGGGCAGGGAUCCAGCAGGGAGGCGGACGCAGGAUCUCCGAGUUUCCCUGGAGGAAGGACCGACGCGGUCCUGAAACACUGGACGAUCUGGUAAUGCUCACACUGCUACACCGGCCGGCAGCUUUGGAGGUGAUCGGUGAAGCCACGGCCAGACUGACUGACUCCAUGAGACCACGCCCACUCUCCGAGCUGAUAUCGGCUCCGGAGGGGGGUGACAGGGGGAAGCCCCUGGUAUUGGUGAAUGAUGAAGACGAACUUGAGUCUGAACUGAACAUGCUUCUCCUGCAGGACGAGCUGCAGAGAAUCAGUGGAGAAAAGCAAGUGAGAGUGAUGGACGUUGCCACAGCAACAGACAUGGAGGGAAACUGUCUCUGUCUGAAGGAAGAUGUGUCCGCGACAGCCGCCACUCUGUUGGUGACUGGGCUGGGACACUGCCACACCAAAUGGCUCCCUCUGGCCACCGCAAAAAUGCAGCGCUUUUGUGCUAGAGGUGGUGUGGUGGUGGCAGUAGUGGAAGCUGACUCUCCUGCACUCGCAAUGCUCUCCAGAUCCUGUCGGGUGACCAGACUCUCACACCUUGCCAUCCCAUCACCUCCCUCAGGCUCCAUACCACAAAUCUCCACCCCUCUCCUGGGACCCAACAGAAUCCUCCUGGACCUCCUUUACCUCCUCACAUCCUUCCCCCACCUCCCCUCUUCCCCCACCUCCCAGCUCUCUCCCUCCUCCCACCCUCUCCUCUUUCACCUCUCCCUCCUCCACUGCUCCCUUCGUCACUACUGCCAACAGUCCGGGAGACCUACUCCACCCUUCCCCCUCUUCACCUCCUCCCUCUCCCUCCUCCCUACCUCCGCACAAGACCGCGACCAACUACUAGCAGACACAGUGGUCAGCUCUACGGCACCACACGUUGGCUCUGUACGGCCCGGUCUGCAGUGGUCCUGUUUUGGAAGGUUUGAUCGCCAGUUGUCUGGAUUUGUCUGCGCUGGAGAUGCCUGGUGCUAAGCUAACCUUGGCUCUCGGUGAGUAUGGAGAAUUAGAGGUAGUCACUCCUGGUCCUGGGGUGCCACUGGAGAACUACAGGGAUCAUGUGAUGGGCAUGAUGUCAUCAGAAACUCACCACAGAACAGAUACAAUACUGAGCAAGCAAACACUAUAUUCAGCCGUCACUGAUCUCCUUGUCCCCGUGCUCACAAAGCUCCCGGAGGACACUCCUCCCCCUCUUCCCAGCUCUCCCAACCCUCUCACUACCUCCCCCCUCUCCCACCGUCACACAAAGACUUCGGGCAGGUCUCCUCGAAACAGCAGCUAAAGCAAACACAACCCCCUCUCUCCACUAACACCACCACUAGUGCCAGGACACAGGGCACCCAGAGAGACAGCAGGAGUGAGGGGAUUAAGGUGGAGGGAGCUGAUGUCUGUUCACAGCUACCGUCUUCACGUGCCUACCAUGACUACAUCUGGAGAAGGGCUGACUCCGUCUUAUAGACUGCUAGGACUGUAUUGCAUAAGACCAUUAUUAACAUUUCUAUGUCCAUUAUUCCACUGGCAUUAUUUAUCAGUGAUGUACGUAUGUAUACCAUUUUAAACCUUUGCUUGUGAUUAUGAUUUUUCAUUGCACAAAUUGAGUGUAUUUCCGUGGCC